CCUGCCGGCUAUCGCGGUGCGGCCCGCACUCUGCUCGCGCUGCCCACGGCGUCCACCACCGCAGACAUGGCGCGGGACCCCGCCAAAAACACACCAGGACUGGUGAUAAAGCGACACAACAUUCGAAUAUGGUGCCACGACUGCGACAUGGCGCGGCUGCAGCGCGUCGUGUGGGAAGGGCACGGCGCGAGGCUGCUCAGCGAGGUCUCCAACCAGCCUAUAGUCAAGAGGUUCCUCGAAGCCGUCCCGUAUAUCAUGAACACCGUCCGAGACAUCCAUCAGGCAGUGGUGCAGAAUGAUUUGGAGAGCGUGAUGAAGAACUCUAGCGACCCGGUUCCACCGCAAAUUCUGUCGAGCCGUGAUUCGAAUAAUAUGACUGUUAUGCACAAGGCUGCAGGCCUAGGCCACAGCAGUAUCCUGAAGUAUCUGGUUGAGAGAUACCCUCAAGGUAUAAACGAUGUCGACAACGAAGGCCGAACGCCGCUUCAUUACGCCGCAUCCAUGAGAGAUGAGCAGCACACAUACAACUUACUAGUCGGCUUGGGAGCGGACGAGAGCAUAGUUGAUAACAAACAUAAAACACCGGCCUACUAUAUAAAUAGACCACAGGAAAUAGAUAAAACACUGUUUAGAAACGUACCAGACGCUCCAAGAACCGCAUCGAGUGCAUACCCAUCUACUUGGGAUUGGAAGUUACUAGACAAUGACGUGAUCGCGGAGCUAAAUAAAAAAUCUAGAAGGAGAAAUUUAAAAGCUUCCACUGAGAAUCUUUUGAGUAAAAAUUAUACUAACACUAUAUCUGAUAGCACUGACAACCGCAACGAUGUUAUGAAAGCUAGUAGCACGCAUGAAUUUAUUAGCGAUUUGCCAGAUUUAGAUGAUGGUAGUAAAGAAAAUAAAGAUGAGGAAGAGAAUAAACAGGAUCUAGACACGAAUAAGGAAUCUGAGGAAAACGGAGAAAAUAAUGAUAAUGAAGAUAAUAAAGUUCAAGAAAACGUCGACAACGAAGAGAACGAACAAAUUGUAGAGAGAGGUGAAAAUGAAAAUAAACAUGAUGAUGAAGAGAAGCAAAAUAUCGAAGAACACCAUGACGAUAAAGAAAAUGAAGUUGCUACAGAAAAUCAUAAUGCUGAAGAAAAUAACGAAUCUGUAGACACUCAUCAUAGUGAAGAUAUUAUUAAAAACCAAUCUUAUGAGAGAAAGGAAGAAAAGGAUGAAAAAGAAGUUGUCACACAAACUGGUGACGGAAAACAAGAAAGCAAAGAAAAUACAGUUGAAGAAAAUGAUAAAGAUCCAGCCGCAAAAUAUAAUGAAGAAACCACUUCCAAAAAUACUGAACCCACUAAAGAAAAUAUUGAAGGUAAUAUAGCCAAUAAUCAAAAAACUACAGACAUAACUGAACCUAACAACGAAUCUAUCAAUGAUAGUAAUGUAGGCAAAAUUGAAUAUAGUUCAGAAAAUACUAGCAAUAUUACAGAAAAUUCUGAACGUAUUCCAGAAAACUCUGAACACGUUGCAGAUAAUACUGAACAUAUUAUCACUGAUAAUAUUGAAAUUAAAACAGAAAACAUUCAACAUAAUAUCACGGAACACACUGAACCCAAUACACAGCAAUCCUUACAUAUAACAGACAAUACUAAACAUAUUACAGAGAACGUCGAUAAUGCCGAGUUAGAUAACGCACAGUCUCAAAUCAAAGAAUCUACAGAAAACAAUAAAGAAAACAGCUCUAAAGACGAAAAUGAAAAAAUAGAGAGUGCGCCUGAAAGACCUAGAACAGUUACUAAAAGAGUUCCAGACGCAGAAGAACCCAAUGAAAACAAUAAUACCCAACGAAGCGAAGAUACAAAAUCAGGUAAAUUUAGAGAGGUUUCUCAUAUUUCUUCUCCCGGAGGUAUUGUCGUAGACGAUAUGAAAGCGAAUAAAUUAGAACAAGAAUUAGGAACGGACAAAAGUCUAUAUUCUUUAGAACCUAAUGAUAAUAAAGAUCCACUGAAUAAUACUGAGGGUGAAUCCACAAACGAAUCUCAUAUUGAAGAAAAAGAAUCCAAAAACUAUGAAAAUUUCUCUACUACUGAAAUCGAUCCAGAAAAUAGUACCGAUGACUAUAAAGACAAUUCAACAGACGAUUUUGAAAAUAACCGAAAUCGCCGCUCGGUAGUCAGUAGCGCAAAAAGUCGUGCGAAAACACCAUCUGUUGACGUUUCUGACCUAAUUUCACAUGAGGGCAAUAAUAACAUUGAAAAAAAUGAAGACGACGAUGACGUACGUGUGCAAGGAGAUAAUCACUCUGAAUAUAGUGACUCACAUAAUAGAAGUGCAGGCGAAGUACGCGAUUUGGGCAGUGCCAAGAGAGGACACGUGAUCAACGGCCGAAAUACACAAGAAAGUCUCAUUGAAGGCAUUAUUAGUGGUGAAGCCGAACAGGAUUCGCAAGAUGCAAGUAUUACUGAAGGCAAGGAAUCGGUCCAACGAGAAGUACUGAUUGUUGAUAACGAGAUAGAUCCAGAAGUGUCCGAUUUGAUCAACAAUGCAAACAUGGAAAUGUUGGCUACCCUAGUGUUGAACGGUGAAGGAGCAAGAUUGAUAGGAAGAAGUUCUAGAAAUACAGAAUUACAAGCAUUUCUUGACAAUGUACCUAUCUAUAUGCAAAAAAUAAAUAAAGUUCAUUUGGCGGCAAAAGAAGGCAAUAUACGGGAUCUGCAAGCUGCACUAGAUAGACGAAAAUUCGCUAUAGCCAGAGAUCCAAUAUCACCAAACGGCGCAACUCCAUUACAUGUAGCAACAGUAUUUGGAAAGACAAAUAUUAUUAAAUAUUUAGGAGGAAGAUUUCCCGAAACGUUGUCAGCGGUGGACUUUGAAGGAAGAACUGCUUUACAUUACGCUGCUGUGCUACCAGACAAUGGACAUUAUUAUACCUUACUUCAACAACUUGGCGCUAAUUCUAAGGAUUUGGAUGAUAAUGGCAGGUCGGCAGAAGACUUUUUCAAGAAUCCGAGUUUGCUACCGUUCGAUCAAUUGUUAUCAGAUUUUGGUUUGAGCGAAGAAGCAGUAAAAAGUAUGUUUUCUGAUAAAGUUCCCGAGGACCAGGUGUCAUCACGCCGAUCAUUGGAAGCAUCAGAGGCAUUGGAGACAUUAGAACGCUGUUACCGUCUAUUAGCAUCAGCAAAACCAUCUCGAACACCACUUUCUGCAUCGUCCAAUAGAACAACACCGCCACUUGUACUCGGCAGGUUUUUGAAGAGGCCAAUUUUCGAAUUAAUCAAACACAGAAUAACGAAACUGGACCAUGAUUUAUUUGAUGUUAUUUGGCCGGCGGUAAAAAAGCUCCCUGAUAGUAGAAACAUCGUCCAGACAGUAGAGGAAGACUUUCCAGGAGGAAUCAGUGCUCCUGAUUACUAUGUAUACGACGUUUUCCAUGAGUUUUUAAUCCCACUGAUAAAAGACAUUCAUAAUAUAAAUGUUCAUUCUGACCUAAUAAUACAUCCACAAUCAGAUUUCGUAAAAACGACAUCAGCAAAACUUUCCUCUGAACCGUUUGUAGAGCUGAACAUUGAUCCUAAUAAUGAAUUCGUAUUGUCAGGAACUAUAGAAUGUUCUAGAAAUCUGGAAGGUUUUGAAUUGCCGUUAAAUCUAAAGGUUGGUAAGUUAGAAACUAUCGAACGGAUUAUGACCACUAUAUUAAUGCAACAAGACUUCGCGAAAUUUAGCGAACAUUCAAACCCCGAAUCAGAUCAAAAAGGAGGACUUUACUAUACUUUGAACGAAGUUUUAGAAAAACCCUCAGAGAUAUGUGCAACUUUGGCUUCGAAUGGAUUACUGAUAGCGUUAUGUGACAGAGAGGAAAUCGAUGACAGUACGAGAUUGCAUGGCAAACAUUGGCCGUACGGACGCGGUGUGUUUGUAAGCGAAGAUAAAACAGUGGCUAUUUGGAUCAAUGUGCACGAUCACAUCAGGGUGCUUGUUUCUACAUCAGUGGAGUCGCCCGGAGAAAUUGGACUCCCGUUUAGUAAACUCUCAUACAUAAUGACAUACUUGCACGAGAAGCUAGAUUUUGUAUGGCAUGAAAAACUAGGUCAUCUAUCAAGUAGGCCAACAUUUUUAGGAACUGGACUUCGUAUAAGUCUCGUCGUCAACUUUCCGGGUCUAUCCAAGGACCCAGAUAAUAUGAAACAUCUUUGUGCAAUGAGAGGACUCCAAUAUCGUGAAACUUUAAGUCCUGAUAUAGCAAGAAUCAGUAAUUACCAAUGUCUAAGCAUUACUGAAACGAAUUGCUUCAAUGACUUUGCAACUGCAUCAUCGAAUCUUCUUCAUUUAGAGAGAGAUUUAUCCAUGCAAAACUCCGCACAUAUUGCGACGAUGCUAUCGAACAUUUUUCGGAGAAAAAGAAGCAGUAUUAUUGACAUAGAGGCCGUGGAGAAACCCGAAAAUAAUAAUUAGAUACCUAUCAAAAACUAUUUCCUAGGUUAACAAAUAGUUCACAAUUAAUUUAGUAGUCUUAUUCUGCAAUUUAUUUUAUCGAAUGUUGGAAAGAUUUUAGGUGCGGGAACCACACCUACUUA